AUGAGAAUACAAACAAAGAUGGCUGCACAACGCGGCGAAGCAAAGAUGGAUAUAAAUGAACCAUUGGAGAAACCACAAUCCCACUCAGUUUGUUCUUUAACAUCUAUCACGUAUGUGUUCUGUAACACUUGUUCUGUACAGAGCAAACAUUUCACUUGCGAAAGCAUGAACCAGAUCGAGUUCAUACUUGAUUUUCCAACCAGGAGUAGCGGAAGAAAUCUCAAGAGAUGGCAUUUGGCGUUUACCACAAUCUAUUGUUCGAGGGCCUUCUCUCAUUUGAUCAAACACGUGGUGGCCACGAAUAAGGGUAGGGCCUCCCCUAUGACAUCACCACAUGGCCUACUUAUCAAUGUUGCUGAAGAACCACCCCCCUGCUUUUCAAACAUCAACCAGUUAACCCUCUCCGGUCUCGUGAAGCAAAAAAACAUAGACGCUCUUGCAAAAGUUGGCGGCGUUGAGGGCAUAGCCUCCUCUCUCAACACCAACAUUGAGCAUGGAAUUCGCGGUGAUCACGUAGAUCUUUCAUGUCGACACGAGGCCUUUGGCACGAACACGUAUCUCAGGCCACCGGCAAAAAGCUUCUUCCGAUUUGUUUGGGAGGCUCUGACGGACUUCACUAUCGUAAUUUUGUUGGUCUGUGCGGCUCUUUCCCUUGGAUUUGGCAUGAAGGAAGAUGGCGUGAAAGAAGGAUGGUAUGACGGCGGAAGCAUAUUCGUGGCCGUGUUUCUUGUCGUUGCAGUGUCGGCAACAAGUGACUUUAGGCAGAGCAGGCAGUUUGUCAGGUUAUCCAAAGUCAGCAGCAACAUCCCAGUGGAGGUCGUGAGAAAUGGCAGGCGACAACAGGUUUCGAUUUUCGAGAUUGCUGUGGGAGACGUAGUCUGCUUGAAGAUUGGCGACCAAGUUCCCGCUGAUGGGUUGUUCAUAGAUGGCCACUCACUGCAACUGGAUGAAUCCAGUAUGACAGGCGAAAGUGAUUACGUUGAAGUUAAUUUAGCCCAAAAUCCCUUCUUGAUCUCCGGCACCAAGGUGGCUGAUGGAUUCGGCCGGAUGCUAGUGACCUCUGUGGGGAUGAAUACGACUUGGGGAGAGAUGAUGAGCACGGUCAACCGCGAUUCCCAUGACGAGACGCCGCUACAGGCACGGCUGAAUAAGCUUGCUUCUGCCAUAGGUAAGGUUGGUUUGGCUGUUGCUUCCCUUGUUCUUGUUGUGUUGUUGGUGCGCUACUUCACAGGAAAUACAGAAGAUGAGUAUGGAAACAAGGAAUUCAACGGCGGCAAGACAAAAGCUGAUGAUGUGAUAAAUUCUGUGCUGGGAGUCAUUGCUGAUGCAGUGACCAUUGUGGUCGUCGCAAUUCCUGAGGGCUUACCAUUAGCUGUGACGCUUACUCUGGCUUAUUCCAUGAAGAGGAUGAUGGUUGAUCAGGCUAUGGUUCGGAAGCUCUCUGCAUGUGAGACAAUGGGCUCUGCCACCACCAUAUGUACAGACAAAACCGGCACACUUACACUCAACCAGAUGAAGGUGACAAAGUUUUGGCUUGGUCAAGAGUGUGUGGAUGAAAAAGUGGCCACUUCAAUUGCAACCAACAUUCUUGAAUUGCUCCACCAAGGGGUCGGACUGAACACGACGGGUAGUGUUUAUAAAUCCCCUUCGGGAUCUGAACUCGAGUUCUCUGGCAGCCCAACAGAAAAGGCGAUACUUUCUUGGGCUUUUUUGCAGCUACACAUGGACUUGGAGGAGCUGAAGCAGACAUUUGUGGUUCUCCAUGUUGAAGCCUUCAAUUCAACGAAGAAAAGAAGUGGGGUUCUAAUGCGAAGGAAAUCUGAUAAUAGGGUUAGUGUGCACUGGAAAGGCGCUGCAGAGAUGAUACUCGCCAUGUGUUCGCAUUACUAUGAUGUCAGUGGAAAUAUCAAAUCCCUUGAUGAUGUAGAGAGGAAGAAGUUUGAUCAAAUCAUCCAAGGUAUGGCUGCUAGUAGCCUGCGAUGCAUUGCUUUUGCACACAAGCAGAUUUCAGAGGAAAGGAACGAACAUGAAAAAUCGCAGCAAAAGAUGGAAGACAACUGCUUAACCCUUUUGGGGAUAGUAGGUCUAAAAGACCCCUGCCGACCUGGUGUGAAGAAAGCAGUGGAGGAUUGCCAAUAUGCUGGAGUGAACGUGAAAAUGAUUACGGGUGACAAUGUUUUCACGGCUAGAGCCAUUGCUACAGAGUGUGGGAUACUUAGGCCUGACCACGGAAUGGAGAGUGGUGCUGUGGUUGAAGGAGAAGAAUUCCGCAAUUACACGCCAGAGGAGCGAAUGGAGAAAGUUGACCGAAUCUGUGUCAUGGCAAGAUCCUCUCCCUUUGAUAAACUUCUAAUGGUGCAAUGCUUGAAACAGAAAGGCCAUGUUGUGGCAGUGACUGGUGAUGGCACAAAUGAUGCACCGGCUUUAAAAGAGGCCGAUAUAGGCCUUUCUAUGGGGAUCCAGGGAACUGAAGUGGCCAAAGAAAGCUCAGACAUUGUGAUUUUGGAUGAUAAUUUUGGUUCCGUUGCCACAGUGUUGAAAUGGGGGAGAGGUGUUUACAACAACAUCCAGAAAUUCAUUCAGUUCCAGCUCACAGUGAAUGUGGCCGCACUUGUCAUCAAUUUUGUGGCUGCAGUUUCAGCCGGUGAAGUCCCUCUAACAGCUGUCCAGCUGUUGUGGGUGAACCUGAUCAUGGACACCUUGGGAGCUCUUGCUCUUGCCACUGAGAAGCCCACCCGAGAGCUCAUGGAGAAGCCGCCCGUGGGUCGUAUUUCCCCACUCAUCACCAACAUCAUGUGGAGAAACCUGCUUGCUCAAGCAUUCUACCAGAUAGCUGUUCUGCUGACUCUGCAGUUCAGGGGAGAAUCGAUCUUUGGGCUGAGCAAGAAUGUCAAUGACACGUUGAUCUUCAAUACUUUUGUGCUAUGCCAAGUUUUCAAUGAAUUCAAUGCCCGGAAGCUGGAGAAGAAGAAUGUAUUCGAGGGCAUACACCGAAACAAGUUGUUUAUGGGGAUCAUUGGGAUAACAAUUGUUCUUCAAGUGCUAAUGGUGGAGUUCCUGAAGAAGUUUGCAAGCACAGAGAGGCUCAAUUGGUGGCAAUGGGGGGUUUGUAUUGGAUUUGCAGCCAUGUCUUGGCCAAUUGGGUUUAUGGUCAAGUGCGUACCUGUUCCGGAUAGACCAUUUUUCAGUUACCUCAAAUGGCAGAAUGUAAAAAACAUGCAGAUACGACUCGUAUGUGUAGAGCUGGUUUUAUUAUAGUUUCAUUCAAUUCCUUUAUAUGUUGAAGCAUUGCAAUAAAUUAAAAAAAAAAAUAUUUGUUGGCAAAUUUUAUGAAAUUAUUUUGUGGCUCUGAUGCAUGACAUCUGCAAAACAAAAAAAAAAAAUAUAUUUGUUCCAAACCAAUGAUUUGUUGUCUCCUAAUCCUAUUUAUGAAAAAGUUAUUCUUUUGG